AUGUCUGACUCUCACGACCUCACCGACACACCCACGCAAAAAUUUAUAGUAAUACGGUUUUCAGAUGUAACCAUUGCCGACCUACAAAUAAACAUAACGCAAGUCCCCAUCUCCAACAUCAACACGCACUGGUUGCGUCAAAUGUGUAGGGACUUACGACCCAGGGAGACACAAUCGCAUCGUUUGAAGUUCAUUAGGUCAGGUGCUCUAUUGAAUUCGAGAUCGUCCCUAGCGUUGCAAAUCCAAGAUUAUUUUAGAACAAGCGCCUCUGAUCACACGCCACAGCAGGAGGAGGAGGAGGAGGAGGCGAACAAGUUUUACAUUCAUUGUAUCAUUGGUAGUGAUCUGUUAAGUGAGGAUGAAUUGGCAAGAGAAGAUGCUAUGGAUGACUUGGGUCCCAAUGAAGAAGGGAGAACUACACAGGCUAUAGGAUUUGAUAGAUUGAGAGCAGUAGGGUUUUCUGAAAGAGAAAUUGAAUUAUUAAGACAACAAUUUAGAUCUACUUAUGGAGAUUUGGAGGAAAGGUUACAGGGGAAUGAUGAAUUUGAAGAAGAGGGGAAUAAUAAUUCCACUACUGAUAUUAGACAAUUGGAGGAACAAUGGAUGGAAAGUGGUGGACAUGGACCCACGAAUGAAAAUGGGAUGGCUAAUAAUAAUGUCUUUGAUGACGAUCGAUUUAAUUCCAUACCGAUUACGAAUUUGAAACAUAAUAAAGAUUUAUUGAUUGGUAUAUUUAUUGGGUUUUGCUUCGGUAUAUUUGCAUUCAUAUUAAUGAAUAUUGAUGGAUUAUUAAAUAAGAGACAACGAAUGUCCAUGUUUGCAGGAAUCAUUGUAAACAUUUUGUUUUGUUUAUUUAGAGGGUUUUAA